AUGCCUCCAGAACCCAUCUUCCUCGGGGCCCCGAUCUUUCGUGGUGGCCUGCACCGUAAGCAUAAACAUUCAGAAGUCAGCGCGGAGUGCGCUGCGCGGAGCGCACGCCUUUGCCCGCUCGCCGCCGGAGCGGUGCUGGCACAACGGCCGCACCCUUCGCGCAAGGGGAGGGUGCGCGGCUGGGGCUCGCGCCCCGAGCGCGGCCGCGCACCCCUUGGCGGGCUUGCAUGGACCCGAGGAGGCGGACAUGAUGUAGUCUGUUUUCGGGUGACUGCCACUUCGCCGCUGAAGUCCGCACUGCCAUCGCUGCCGCUGAAUCAAUGGCCAACAACUGCAUGCGCGCGAAAGUACGCGCGCGCGCCCGCUGGCUACAUUUUGGCCCAAGGUGGCUAUGGAGUUGAAAUGUGA